AUGGCGAUAACUAGGAGAACAAACACUCAGGACCAUCAAAAUGAGGAACAUGUGGAGGUUGUUGAUGAAACAGAUCUUUCCGAAACGGUUCGAUUGUUGAAACAGGAAAUGGAGUUGAUGAAACAGCAGCGAGAGAGAGAUGCAAGAGAGCUUUCGGCCUUAAGAGCCGAAAACGAGGUGUUGAAAAGUCAAGACACUUCCUGGAAACCUACUCAUGUCACCAACACACAAACUCAGGGAUCGUAUCAAUCCCAUGCAGUCCACACCUCAGCUCCACAUGCCUCGGCAGUGGCACCUGGAAAACCCCUCUCGGCCUUACACACCGUUGGCCGUCCUGCAGACUUGACAACUAUUGGAUCGCACCGACACCCCUUCACUCCUACUAUCAUGCAACUUCUGUUGAUGGAUAACUGGAAAUCCUUGUCUAUUGAUAAAUAUGAUGGUACCACUGAUCCUGACGAACAUCUUGAUGUUUUCUUGACACAGGUGACAUUGAGCACAACUGACGAUGCUGCCUUAUGUCGGAUUUUUCCCACGUCACUUAAAGGAAGGGCAUUGAGUUGGUUUACUCGGCUCCCUCCCAAUUCCAUCGAUUCCUUCAGCACUUUGUCAUCUCAGUUCACCAUUCAAUUCGCAACGAGUCGCCCUCAUAGUCUGACGUCCCUAUCUCUAGUCGGCCUUCGCCAAGACAAGAAGGAAUCUCUUCGGACCUUUAUGGAUCGGUUCAACAAAGCAACUUUGGAGAUUAGAGACCUUAACCCAGCCGUCGCACUGCAUCAUCUCACAACAGCCUUAAAACCGGGGCCGUUUGUCAAUAGUAUUUGUAAAAAGCCACCUUCGGACAUGAAUGAUCUAAGAAGACGGGCUGACAAAUACAUGCAGAUGGAAGAGUUGGCAGAGUAUCGUAAUCAGGCUCGAGCUGAAUCGUCGAGCAAGAUAGAAAAGCAGGCAGAACAACCAUACAGGGGGCGAGGCAAGGAGAUAUCUCUUCGGGAUCGGCCUAAUCGGGAUCCGAAGUACACUCAAUACACUCCACUCAAUACCAGCCGUGCUGCGGUGCUUGAACAAGCUCUAGUUUCAGAAGUGUUGACAAUUCCGAAAAGAGCAUCCACUCCGCCACGAGCGGAUACUAGUAAAUCUUGUCGGUAUCAUUACAAUCGUGGACAUUCCACUGACGAAUGUGCAACCCUUAAAGACAAAAUUGAAGAUUUGAUUAAGCAAGGCAAAUUGCAUAACUGUGUGGAUCGGUCGGGGUCGUCUCAAACUCGCUCAUAUCAACCUAGAUAUCAGGAUCGACGUAGGCAGGACCGUUCCGAUAGAGCCUCACGAGAAAGAAGUCGGUCACGUGAAAGAAGCAGGUCGCGUGAAAGAAAAGAUACUUCGGCACCAUCGCAUAGGAGGGUGAUUAAUACCAUUGCAGGAGGGUUUGCUGGUGGAGGCUCAACUUCUUCGGCUCAAAAGAGGCAUCUCAGAGCAAUUCGAUCGGUCAACACUGUUCAUAGACAGUCUUCUCGGAAGUUACCAGCAAUAACCUUCACUGAUGCUGAUUUCAAAGGCAUUGAUCCCGAGCAAGACGACCCGAUGGUUAUUAGUGUGGAAAUUCAUAAUUGCCUUGUCAAGAAAACAUUGAUCGAUCAAGGCAGUUCGGCUGAUAUAUUAUAUUGGAAUACAUUCAAACAGUUGGGUAUUUCUGAAAAAGAAUUGCUCCCUUAUGAUGAUCCAUUGGUCGGUUUUGCAGGAGAAAGAGUAAGUACCAGGGGUUAUAUUAAACUCUUCACGCGUUUUGGUUUUGAUGAGCAGGAAAGCAGAGAAAUUCAAGUGAAGUAUAUUGUGGUUGAUGCUAGCACUUCGUAUAAUAUCCUCCUCGGUAGGCCAUCCUUGAAUGCAUUAGGGGCUAUCGUUUCAACACCACACCUAGCGAUGAAGUUUCCAUCCGAUAAAGGGAAAAUCAUCACAAUUCACGCCGAUUGUAACGACCCGCCAUCGUCUCUACACUUACUGGAAUCGCACUACUACUAG